AUGGACCCCCAAGAGGAACUGUUUUAUGACGCUGUACAUCAAAGAUGUCCACCUGAGUUAAUUUUGAACCUGGCAAAACAGCUCACGGAAGUGCAUGUUCAAUUCUUCAUUGAACAAUUCGAGAUUGCAGAGGCAAUCAACCCAUAUUACACCAAGACGGUAAUAAAGAGCCUGAUUGACAAUGUCGAUAUAUUCAGCGAGGACGAAACACAAGCGUCUAAUAGAGUGCUGGUGAUACCUGUUCAAGACGUGUAUUUAACCGAGUGGCUCUUUGAGAAAUAUAUUGAACUGCUGAAUGUGUCUGUUCCAUCGCCCACAGCAAAGGAUGUGGUGCAGUACCGGCUAGAUUCCAAUGUAAGAAUCAAAAUAGAGGAGAUCCCGAGACUAAUCAGCGGCGCGGGUACAACGGGAUUUAGAACUUGGGAAGCUUCCUUAUAUCUAGCAAGGUAUAUGCUAGACUACGAUUUCCAGGGUAAGAAUGUGUUGGAACUCGGUGCAGGCACAAGCAUGGUAAGCGCUACUAUUGCCAAGACAUCUGGUAACAAAACGAAUACGUUGUACAUCACCGAUGGUGACACGACGUUAUUAGAAACGUUAUCGCGCAGGAAUUUUCACCUCAAUGGCCUUAUAGAUAAUGAAAAAUUUAUGUUUCGCAGACUCUUGUGGAACGAGGAUCCGAUACCCCCUAAUAUAGACAUUGUGCUUGCAGCAGAUGUCACAUAUGAUGCGAGCGUAGUGGCUGAUCUGUGUAGCUGUCUACUAGAGUGUCUCUCCAACGGUCGCUGCAAGCAAUGUCUCAUCUCCGCAACCAUACGGAAUGAGGAUACGAUAAAAGCAUUUGAAGAUCAGAUAUCACAGCUCAAGAUGACCUUCAAGAUCGUGUCGUCCACGGAGGUCGACGUAAACGGCGCGUUGCCCACGGAAACGUUGCCCACGGAAACGUUGGGUACAUCGCUUAUUGCUCCCAUAAGGAUAUAUAGCAUAGAACAAUAG